UCCAACCGUCGAGACACGUAUUAAUCUCGAGGAAUUCCUUAUCGAAACGACUACAUUCAUCCAUCAGAAAACCACCUAAAGCUAUUAAUUCUUUACUGAAUUACUAAAUCAUCGGUCAUAAAUAUCCAGUCACAUCGACAAAAUAAGCGAAUAGAAAAAUCCAAAAUACAGUGUUAUCUGAAUUUUCGAAGUGGAAAUUGGAAAUUGUUCUUCGAAAAAUGGUGAAUUUACGGAGGAUGCAGGUACUGUUUGCUUGUCUUUUGUGGUUUCUACUGAUGGCAAAUGCCAAGUCAGCAAUUGUACCGCCGCCCUGGGCAAAUCCUCUGCGCAAUCCUUGCGCUACUCGACCGAGAGGAUGGCAAUUGCUCUAUUGGGCAGAUGAUGGAAAAUGUUAUAGAAUAUUUCAGAUCGGUGCCCCUUGCCCAGAAACGAUGGAGCUGGCACCCUCAGCAAAGGGUGACGGAGUAAUAGCAGAAUGCAGAUGUCCUCCAGGUACUGCCCAGUCCCCCAGGGAUGCAUUAUGCCAUCCGAUAUUCACCAGGGCUUCCUGCCCAAAGGGCCAGUACUUCGCCCCUGUUCCAGAGCCCCUGAAUGAUUCAGGGAGUAAGGGUCGAUGGGGUGUUUGCCGGACCCCGGACCCCUGCCGACGAAGUGGACAACUGUUUUUCCCCCGCGAUGGCAAGUGCUACGAUAAAUUGACUCGUGGGCCUUGCCCCAGUGGUGAACUGCUAACCCUCGAUGAGAACAAUUUGGCGAUUUGUUCCUGCAUCAAUGAGGGGGAGUUGGGAAUGUUCUAUUGGGGAAAAGAAGACCCAGGCUGCUAUGAACAUUACACCAAGGGACCCUGCAGUGAACCUGGGGAGAUAUUUUUGCCUGGAGGUACCUGUGGCUGCAACCCGAAGCUGCCACAUUUUCACCGGGAGACCGAGAAGUGUUAUCCACUCGGAGGAUCAGAACCGUGUCUCCCGGGCCAGCACUUCGCAAUCCCUCGAUUUGAGACACCAACAGACGAAGAGAUCCACGGAAAAUGCGAAUGCCAACCCAAUUACAUCGAGUACAAAAAUGGUUUGUGUUAUCGGCCGUACACUCGCGGUCCCUGUCCCCCAGGUGCCAUGCUGUUGAACUCAACAACGUGUGUACUAAUUCCCUGUAAGCGCGGACGACUAUAUUUUGCCCGAGAGAGAGGUUGCUACAAGAUAGGAUCAAAGGGCCCCUGUUCAGCUGGCCAGGUAGUCUUCUUCGACUACUCAGUCCGUCCCUCGAUCGAUGGUAUAAGUUACCACGGUAUCUGUGGAGACGCCGGUACUCUGGAGUUAUCUGAAGACCAGACAGACUAUAACUCCUGUGAGAAAUCCCUGGGGAUGUUUCUCAUCAACGGAACCUGUUAUAAACUCUAUACUCAGGGCCCCUGUGGUCAGGGUGAGUGGCUAGUUGCCAGAAGACGACCCAGAAUCAACGAAAUGUGGGAACGAGAAAAAUCCAUCAACAAAGUCAAAUGUGAGUGCAGACCUGGAUACAUAAGGACUUCUGACAAUUAUCAAUCCCGGGAUAUUGAGACAAAUAACCUGAGCUCCUCGGGAGAGUGCCAACCACCUGCUGUCAGAGUCGCCAAAUUUCUCAAUGAAUUAAGAUUAUCAGCUAGAUCGACUUGAUUUUUUCAUCUUAUCGAGAACAAAUCUCAUUCUGUGAUUUUUUGAGAUUUUUACGAAGUCUUUUACAAUUUUUAAUUGUAAACAAAAGUAUUUUCAUAGGUUUAGGGCGAUAUUUAUUGUUAUUGAUAUUUGUGUGGUGAUGUAAAUAGAGAUCUUGUAAAUAGAA